AUGAAGUUCCUUGCAUUAUCAAACAUAGUCCCAUUAGUGUCAUUUUGUUUACCUGCGAUUGUUUCAGCCUCAUCAUCAAAUACUGAUUACACCAAAUAUAAUUACUUAUUGGAAAGUAUAAGAGGGUUAUCAACAGAUUUAGAAAAGAGAGAUGAAGCUCAAAUUGAACAAUUUACUGGACUUUUCCAAGCUGUUGGAGCUUCUGGUCUUAUAACAGAUGUCAUUAGUGAUAUAACCUCAUCUCAAACUAGAAUGGAUAAUUUAGCCAAUAUCACCGUGGGUUUACUUGGUGCUGUUGAAGGUGGUAAUACAUCAUUUGAAGGUAUAACUAUUGAUUUGAAUGUGACCGAAAUAUUGGAUGCUGUUUUGGCUUCUGGAUUAAUUCAAUCAACUGCUACUGGAUUAUUAUUGAAUAAUACUAAUAAUGCCAUGUUGGCUGAUUUUGUUGGUGGAAUUUUAGGUGAUCCUAACAAUGUUUGGAUUGGUUGGUUAUUGAUGGGUUUAGGCGAUGGACAUGCAUUAACUGUUCCAUAUUUGGCUGAUUUAAUUGUUAAUUCUACUAGCAAAGCAAAUACCAAUACCACCGCUCAAAGCAAAAUUAAAGGAGUUGAAGUCAAACAAGAAGAUAAUAUAAUUUUUGAAAGAGAGGAUUCUUCUGAAGAAAAUGAUGAGAACUUGGAUGGUGACUUUUUUGUUUCUUUGAAUGAUUAUCUUGAUAAUGUUCUUAAUACCAGAGAUGACAGCGAUGAUGAUCAAUAUGCUGGUUCAUUUAAUUCAUUUGUCGGUAACAUUAUUAAUACCGUUGCUUCUUCAUCUUUAAUUCAAGGAUCUGUAAGUGAUAUAAUUAUUGCUUUGAAUAAUUCUGGUAUUGUUGUUCCAUUAGUUAUGGAAGCUCUUCAAAAUCCAAAUUUGGGAACUUUGGCUAAAACAGUUGUUGGUAGAUUAUACAAUUCUGGUAUGCUUGAUAAUAUUGCCCUUGAUCCAUAUUUCCAAUAUGCUAAAAAGAAGGGUUAUUUAAGUGAUGGUUUACAAUAUAUUUUGACUGACCCAACUUACUCUCCAGGUUUGGCUACCUUGUUUAAGAGAAUGGAUGAUGAUGGUGCUUACCAAAGAUUACAAGACAAUAUGUAUGGAGUCAAGAAUUAG